AUAAAUCACAACGCAACAACGCAAAGGAUACAAUAACCAACUAUUAUGAUGUCGUCGCAAAAGAAGUCUCCACGUGCUAAAGCCGAAGCGGGAGCGGGAGCCGAUGAUUUAAGCUUUAGUUCCGAGCCAGAAUUUCUUAAAGAAAACAACGAACUCGAGCACUUUGAGAACUACAACGAUCAAUUCGAACAUCUUGAGACCCGCAACGACCAAUUCGAGCAUCAUACAAAUAAGAUUUGAUUUGCGAUCCGUCUACUACUACAACUAUUAA